CAAAUAAUAUGAGUUUUUGGUUGCAUUCAAAGUUUCUACCUAAUGUGUGCAAAGUUAUCACAUCUUGAUUUUUAUUACAUGCAGCAUAGUUGUUUUGUGGUACGAAAAACAAAUACAGUUUAAAUUAGCCGCUUUUGUAGAUUCCGGAACCGGAAAUUGGCUGUAAACGGAGUGCGCCAGGCAAAUGCGCUCUGUCAACAUUCUUUGGCAUUUAACGUGUUGUAGAGUUACCGGUUCCUGCCAGUGCUGAGUAAUUUUCACGUUUUCUCUACAUUUUCUCCAUUUACUUGAAGCGAAUGUGGCACAUUUGUGUAAAUUGGUUUCGAGCAGUUUUUGGUGCGAAUAUACGGACUGAUUUGACCACUUGAAAGUGUGCAAAUAGGUUGAGAGCAAAAUAUUUUGUUGAAAAGUAGACAAGUAUUUGGACCCAAUUUCCCCUUAUUACAAAAGUACCAGUUAUUGUGAUACUUAUCAAACAUGUCUUCGUCAAGCAUCUGUUACAAGUGUAACCAACCCGGUCACUUUGCUCGUGAGUGUUCUACUCCUGGAGGAAGAGACUCCGGCGGUAGAGGAUUCUCUGGUAGCAGCAGCUACAGCAAAAACCGUGACAAAUGUCACAAGUGCAACAAGGUCGGUCAUUAUGCAAGAGAUUGCAAGGAAGAGCAGGCUCGUUGCUAUCGUUGCUCGGGCGAAGGCCAUUUCGCUAAGGAUUGCCAUCAGAGUCCUGAUGUCCCGUCUUGUUACAACUGUAGAAAGCCAGGACAUAUUGCCCGUAGCUGCCCGGAGGGCAAUUUGAAUGAACGUGUUAGCGACACUUGUCACAACUGCCAGAGACCUGGCCAUAUUUCCAGGAACUGUCCGGAAAACGCCAAGACCUGUUACUUGUGCCACAAGUCCGGCCAUCUGAAGAGAGAGUGUCCGGAAAACCAAGAUUACCGGAACUAGUAACAAAAGUAGUAUUUUAACAUACAGUUUUUCAAGUAGAUCAGUCAAGCUUCUGAAUUGUGUUACACUUUUAAUAGACGGUUUUUAAGUUGAUUGAACAUGAAAUUUUAAUGGUGUGCAAAUAAAUGAUAAGUAAAUUCUCAUUUGGACACUUCUUAAUUAGUUAGAACGACAUUUUUUUUACAUUUUAGGAUAAUUCAGAAGCUUGAAUAGAUUUUAACUAGCAGCUUUCCUGUUUAGUUUUACUUUCGAUUUAAUUUCAGUUGGGGUGGACAUAAAACACCCUCGGUAUUUGUAACCUUUAAUGUUUAAAAAUUCAUUUACUACAGAAAGUAUUGUUAUUGUUGGUGUUCUUUUAUUUGGUUUUUGAACAUCCCUACUAAGUAAUGUAGGACGAACUAAAUCAUCUCAUUUUCUAAUUAGACGGAGGAAGGCUGUAACAUCAUCCUCCUGAUUAUGAGAUUCCAAUUUAUAAAGAGCACUAGCAAGUUGGAGGAAUACACAAAAUAUACUUUUUGUUGUACUUUUAUGAAGAAUUUGAUUCAACAUUUUAAAGUUGUCACCUGGUUUUACUUUUUUGUUUUCAUUUGCUGUUGACGUCGAGAUAGAGGGUUAGUUAUAGAAAUCAAUUUGACGCUUUAAAGAUUUGAAGGUGCUCUACUAUAAUUUAAAUUGUUGAAUUAAAUCAUAAUUUAUUUGAGAAAUAAAGGUUUCGAUAACGAGUUUGAAGAUCAUAUUAGUAAGGCUGCAAAGCAAUGCACGUUUUUAAAGUAUUUUCUUUUGGAAAUACGGCUGUUAUUUUUUGGUUUUCUGGAUCUUAUUCUCAUUUAAGAUCGCUGAAUUGUAAGAAUUGCGUUUCCUGUGGGAAAGUCGUUAGAAUUGCCAAAUAUUCAGAGAAGGUAUAUUUAAGCGCUGCAUUGUUAGUAAUUUCUGCUAAAAACUAGUUGUUAAAAAUUAUUUUCUACAUUUUAACAUGUGUAUGAAGAAAGACAAACCAUGCUUUGGUCAAACUAUCUUAUGUUUUUGUUCCUACGAUAAAUUUGCCUGUUACUUUGACUAAUCAAUGAACAUGCAAGGCCUUUCCAAUCCCUGGUAGGUGUACAUGUACUUAAUUUUACAGGUCGUCCACAUGUUGCUAAAUUUUAAAGUUUGUAAAUUUUUGAAGUUUAAAUCAAUUCCAAUAUUUAGAAACUUUUGCUUAGUCAACCUAUACAGCGCACUUCGGCCUUGACUUCAUUACAUUGAAACUUAUAGUGUAUUUACUAAGUUGAAAUGUCGACAGGAUUGUAUUUUUAAUAAAGGUGGUGAAAUGGA